AUGAUAGCAGAAGACCGGAAAAUACUAAUAAAAGAGCACGGCGAGACGCGGGGUAAAAAACUGUGGUUUCCAGGCCGAAACGGGAGACUUGGCCGCUCCUGCAGGAAGCCCACACUUCACUGGUCUGAAGUCGUUCUCCUGAACUCUGUGCUGCUCUUCAUCUCACUGAUCACUGUAGUGUUCAACCUCCUCAUCAUCAUCUCAGUCUCACACUUCAGGCAGCUCCACACUCCUACAAACAUCCUCCUCCUCUCUCUGGGUGUUUCAGACUUUUUUGUUGGUCUCCUGUUGAUGCCUUUUGAAAUCUACAGAUUUACAUUCUGCUGGUUUCUUGGAGAUGCCAUGUGUGUUUUGCUUUGUUUUUUGAUUUGUAACCUCAUCAGUGCUUCGAUCUGGAACAUUGUUUUAAUAUCAGUCGACCGCUGUAUUGCUAUCUGUUACCCUCUGCAUUAUCCCACCAGAAUCUCAUUGACCAGAAUCAAAUAUUGUGUUUGUCUGUGUUGGUUCUGUGCUUCUUCCUGCAGCUUUGUCUAUUCAAAUGAUAUGAUGGUUCAGUCUGGCAGGAGUAAUUCCUGCAUUGGAGAAUGUAAAUUUAUCAUAAGCUACAUUCUAGGAACAUUUGAUCUUAUUUUUAAUUUCAUACUUCCAGUGAUGAUCAUCAUAGUUCUGUAUUUGAGAGUAUUUGUGGUGGCUGUGUCUCAGGCUCGUUCCAUGCGCUCUCACAUUACAGUCGGCACGUUUCAUUCAGCGACAUCAAGAACAAAGAGAUCAGAGUUAAAAGCAGCCAGGACUCUGGGGGUUCUAGUUGUUGUAUAUCUAAUGUGUUACUGUCCAUAUUACUGCUACUCUUUAGUUGGGAUUAGUUUAACUAAUACCUCUUAUUCAUUUUCUUUGUUUUUCCUCGGUUAUGUCAACUCUUGUCUGAACCCAGUGAUCUACGCUCUGUUCUACCCCUGGUUCAGAAAAGCUGUUAAAAUCAUUGUUACUCUACAGAUCCUGCAGCCUGGCUCACGUGAGGCCAACAUACUGUGAAUACACUGCUGACUGACUGAAAUCAGAACAAGAGAGAUUCAUCAUUAAACAUUUCUAUUUAGUAGUUUUCACAUUUAAAUGAACUGUUUUGUGUCAUAAAUCAACAAACAAAAUUAGAUGUUGUUUAGGGGAGUUGGGAACAAAUGUACUAAAUACUAUCUUUGAUCUUUCUUGUUCUUCAAGAUUAUUUAAAAUAUUCAAAAAAUGUCUUU